AUGGCUGCACUAGUGCGGAACGACGAUCGCAUCAUCCUCCACUUGGAUUAUGACUGUUUCUAUGCCUCGGUCUUCGAAGUGGAACAACCUGCAUUGAGAUCUCUUCCUUUGGCAGUUCAGCAAAAGCACAUUGUGGUAACCUGCAACUACGAAGCCCGACGCCGGGGUCUGCACAAGUUGCAGCUCAUCAAAGAUGCCAAGCGCAUCUGUCCCGAUGUGGUAAUAGUUCUCGGUGAAGACUUGACCAAGUUCCGAAAUGCUUCCAAGGAGCUUUAUUUGCUGGUUCGCUCCUUUGUCUGGGGCGGCCGUGUCGAAAAGCUAGGCUUUGACGAGCUUUUUCUCGAUGUUACGGAAAUGAUUGACUACAACGCUGGCGUGUUAAAUCGAAAUGAUUUAACGAAUUCGUAUUUCCAUCUUGAUCGGAAUGACCCGACCGUUGGUUUUUCCUACGAUGCCACUCGCUUCCAGGGAUCGACCUUUCCCGCAACGGAGGCAGCCGCUCAAAACGAUUCGUCUUCGUUGGAAAUGAGGUUGCUCGUUGCCUCUCAUUUACAGGGUCAUAUACGGAGUAAGAUAGAGCAUCAAAUAGGCUUCACGGCUACGGGCGGAAUCUCAACCUCCAAACUGCUAGCCAAGUUGGUCGGUAAUGUCCACAAGCCCAAUGGCCAAACGACUCUUCUGCCGCCAUAUACGGCGACGGAGAAUAAUACUAGCAACGUGUUCCAGUUCCUGGAUGAUCACGAGAUUCGGAAGAUUCCCGGAAUUGGUUCUCGCAUCGCCGAGAAACUGAAAUCCCAUAUCAUAGGGAAAGAGAGCGUCGGCGAGAAGAUCACAGUCAAGGAUGUCCGCCAGUUCUCUGGCAUGAGCCCAUCUUUACUGGAGAGAAUCCUCGGCGGGCCAGGCUCUGUGAAAGGGAUCGGGAUGCGCAUGUGGAACAUUCUCCACGGAGUAGAUAGUUCCGAGGUGCUCGAGGGUCGCGAUGUGCCUACGCAGAUCAGCAUCGAGGAUUCUUACGGGCGGUUAGAUACGCUUGAGAGUGUCCGACGAGAGCUCGUAGUGUUGUCCCGGAGUCUGAUCCGCCGCGUAAGAACCGAUUUGCUUGAUAUGAGUGAUGACACUGCUCCUCAAGGGAGAUGGCGUGCUCAUCCUCGCACGCUACGGUUAUCAACCCGACCAAGACUUCCGGCAGACUUAGGUACCAGGCGUGCAUACAGUUCCAAUCGCAUCUCUCGCUCAGCACCCCUGCCACCCUUUAUCUUCAAUUUGGAUGAGAAUAUCGAUGCAUUAGCCGUACGGCUGGUCCGGGAAAGUGUGUUCCCUAUGUUUCGCAAGUUACAUCCCGAAAAGGCUGGCUGGAAUCUCAGUUUGUUGAACGUUGCGGUUACCAAUAUGGUGGAGACUGCGGGGGACCAGAAGCGAAGCAGUGGCCGUGAUAUUGGGAAGAUGUUUCAACAGCAGGAGACAGUACUCAAGGAUUGGACUGUGCAGGAACCCGAGCCCUCGUUUGCUAAUCCGCAGUUACCCGAUUCCCCUGAGAUAGAGUCACAGUCGGACGAUGGCUGGGAUGACGAUGAACCCUGGAGUGUGGAUUGCCCUAUAUGUGGGGUGUCAAUCCCACACUUUGCCCAGUUGGCACAUCAGAUAUAUCAUGGGGAUCAUGAAUCACAGCCCUCUAUUAUUCGGCAGCCUUAA